AUCGCUGCUGAGGGCCAACAGGAGAGGAGGGCUGGGUGGAGGCACAGCCGAGACGGCAGUCACUUCCUGCACCUCCACCUGGUCAUCCUCAGAUCACGGUCAGACGGAUCUUCAGUUCCUCGCGGUGAUGGUUUGCGCCAUCCGCGCUGAAACUUUUUGGAAAGAGUGGAAUACGCGCUCAGAGUCUCUGUUGCGGGUUUCUCUUCUGUGAAUGUUUCACGGCAGGAGAAAAAAAAAAAAAAUUUCCGUGUAGUUAAGACACAGUGAUCAGGUCGCGUUUUCUCCCCGUUCACAGAGGAAUCCUUAAAAACCUCGUCCAGGAUUUCUUUGUGGACGUUUUCUCGUCCGGAUCCGAGGCGCAAAAACGCGCGGAACGCAGCGGUGACAUCCCGCAAAGUUGUGGAUCUCAGAGACUUAAAAACAAGAAAUAUAUAUUAAAAAAUAAAGAAAUCAAAGAUUUAGAUCUCUGCGGGCUACCUGCAUGACCGUUACCAUGACAGCGUCUGGAGUCCGGCUCCUGCUGUUGGCCCUGUGUGUUUGCAGAGGUUUGGCCGUGCAGCAGUCUGCUCCCAGGGUUCGCCUCUCAUUCAAAGAGCUGAUGGACACACGGGGAGCUCGACCCUUCAGCUUCUCCUUCAACACCAGCGACUACCGCAUCCUUCUGAUGGAUCAGGAUCAAGGCCGUCUCUACCUGGGCAGCCGGGAGUACCUGGUGGCUCUGGACAUGCACAAUGUCAACAAGGAGCCACUCAUAAUCCACUGGCCAGCAUCCGCUAAGAGGAAGGGAGAAUGUCAGAUGGCAGGAAAAGAAAAACAGGGCGAGUGUGCUAACUUUGUGCGGUUGAUUGAGCCGUGGAACCGCACUCACCUGUACACCUGUGGAACCGGAGCGUACCAACCCAUCUGCACAUUCAUCAACAGAGGUUGGAGAGCGGAGGACUACCUGUUUCGGCUGGUCCCUGGAUAUGUGGAUUCGGGGAAGGGAAAAUGUUCUUAUGAUCCCAAACAGGAGAACGUGGCGGUUCUGAUCAGUGGGAACCUGUAUGCAGGCGUCCACAUCGACUUCAUGAGCACAGACGCCGCUCUGUUUAGGACCAUGGGAGGGAGAACAGCCAUCAGGACGGAGCAGUAUGACUCCAGGUGGAUCAACGAGCCUGUGUUUGUUCAGAUCCAGCAGAUCCCUGACAGCGCAGAAAGGAAUGACGACAAACUUUACUUUUUUUUCCGUGAGAAGAGUCUCGACACGAGCGGUGGGGCAAGUCCAAGUGUUCUAGCCCGCGUGGGAAGAGUGUGUCUGAAUGAUGAAGGUGGACAGAAGUCCCUGGUGAACCGAUGGACAACGUUCCUGAAGGCUCGCCUUAUCUGCUCCGUGAUUGGAGACGAUGGGGUUGAGACACGAUUUGAUGAACUACGGGAUGUGUUUAUUCAGCCAACGCAGGACGAACGGAACCCUAUGGUGUAUGCUCUCUUCACCACAGCAGGGUCUGUGUUCAAAGGCUCAGCAGUCUGCGUAUACUCAAUGAGUGACAUCCGCAACGUCUUCAACGGUCCUUUUGCCCACAAACAUGGUCACAAUUACCAGUGGACAGAGUACACAGGCAAGAUCCCGUAUCCUCGCCCUGGAACGUGUCCAGGAGGAACCUUUACUCCUGGUAUCCGUUCAUCCAAGAACUUUUCAGAUGAGGCUGUGAAUUUCAUCAGAGCUCACCCCCUCAUGUUCCAUCCAGUCUAUCCAAUCCACCGCCGCCCCCUGGUGGUGAGAACAGGUGUGGACUACCGCUUCACUGCCCUGGUGGUGGAUCAGGUUGAUGCUGUGGAUGGGCGCUAUGAGGUUCUCUUUUUGGGUACAGAUCGUGGCACGGUCCAGAAAGUUAUAGUUUUGCCCAAAGACCCCACCAGCAUGGAAGAGCUGACACUAGAGGAAGUGGAGGUUUUCCGGACCAGAGCGCCUGUCAAAACAAUGAAGAUAUCUUCCAAAAGACAACAACUGUACGUGUCGUCGGAUGCCGGGCUAACGCAGGUGUCGCUGCACCGCUGUGGUGUUUAUGGGUGGGCUUGUUCCGACUGUUGUCUGGCUCGGGACCCAUACUGCGCGUGGGAUGGCGAAAGCUGCUCAGCCUUCACCCCGUCCACCAAGAGGAGGAGCAGAAGACAAGACGUCAAACACGGCGAUCCACUGAGGGAGUGCAGGGGCUUCAAUGCCAAAGUGGAGAAACGUCUGAGGGAAACAGUGCAAUUUGGGGUGGAGGGCAGCAGUACAUUCUUAGAGUGUCAGCCGCGCUCUCCUCAGGCUACCGUCAAAUGGCUUUUCCAGCGGGAAGGGAAGAGGAAAGUGCUAAACCGUGUGGGCGGGGUUCUGAAAACCCACCAUGGUAUCCUUCUGAAGUCUCUCAACCAAUCAGAUGCAGGCCUCUACCACUGCCUUGCCACCGAGAACAACUUUAAACACACACUUGCCCGUAUCGCGCUGCGCAUCCUGGAUCGAGACAUCGUUUUAGCUCUCACAGCUCAGGACGACGACGAUGACGGGCCAAAAAUACGCCAAGCAGGAUCUCACCCACGGUCCACCCUCGUCUCCACACCGUUUCCGCCUGAGAUCAGACUGAUUAACCAGUACUGUCAGUCCUACUGGGAACAGCUCAGUCCCAAACAACAGCAGCGUAAGCGCACAAGCCGCAGACACACAGAGAGCCAGGAACAAGGACUUGGCUAGAGGACGGGACCAACGGUGGUCAGAAAGGCCUGUCUGGACUUUAUGGUGGACUAACAAGUUUGACACAUGUUUGUGCAUCAGCAACUUCCAUGAUGCAGGCAAAGCUUCAAACUGAUAUUAAAGUUCUAUAUCUGUGGUAGUGCAAGUCUCAGCCAAAUACGCAUUGCAUGUAUUUUAAACUGACAACCAAUUUCCAAAGAAGGUGCAAGUUUUUGAAUUGUUUUCUCUCAGGCGGCCAAGGCCUUCAUACAACAGGAUUGUAACGAUGAUCAGUUACACACUUGACAUUCGCCAAUCUUUUAACUCACCAGCAGUAAUGAGUAGUAUGUCCAGGUGCUCGUGCAGAAGCUUUUGAGGUUUCAGCAUUAUUACAGACAGACCUGCCAACAUUACACAGCACGGUGUCCAAUAGCGGGUAAGAUGGGGGUGUCCCCCUACAUGGAGGAGUAGUGAUGAAAUUAGGUUGCAUUUUAUUUUAUCAGUUUUUCUAUAUUGCAAAAUUAUGUUAACUACUUCUAGUAAAUAUGACAAAUUUGUUCAUGGCUAUGGCUAGAAAAUUAGGGGACCCCAAAAAACCUGAAACUUUUUACAUUCCUUAGGCAUAGAUGGCUCCAAAAUAAAAGUUAAAAAAAUAAAAUGGCCUCAAGCCAGAUAUUGAAGAUGGUGUCCAAAAUAUGACCACUGAAAUAUAAUGUUAUUUCUUCUAUUGUGUGUGUCUAUGAUGCAUUUUAAUGGGAAACAGUUGUUUGGUGGCCAUUUUGGAAGCCAUUUUUGGUUUAAAACGUGUGAUUGAAAUGACGUUUUAUGGUCAUGGUUUAGUUCUAGGGUUAGGGUUGGAUGUCACGCCAACAUUUAUCAUCGUUAACACGGAGAUGCGGUUUAUUCUUUACAAUGAAUGAUUAGAGAGAUGAACCGUCCUUACUCUGUCUCAAUAAUGACUGUUUGUUGAAUCCCCAAACUACAAAAUGUGUUUGUGGCAGCAUUUAACUUCCUCACUCCAAGUGAACAUGAGCCUGCGUUGUUUUGAGCCCCUCUCUUCAUCAUGCUUUGUCACACGUUUGACAGAACACAUUUCAAACACGCAGAAUUUCUAAACACGUUCCUGACAAAGCAUGUAAUAUGGUUUAAAUUUAGAUUCCUAUGACAACCACAAAAUAAAGCACCGGCUUGACUGUGUAAGCACCAUUACUUUGAGGUUAAAAUGCUUUUAUUGUUGCGCACAGAUUCUGCAGCAGCAUAGUUUGUUGGAUUGUCAGCAUCCAGCUGACAAAUCCCAGAUGUGCACAACAUCUUGAGUCACUAUGAUGCAUUUGACAAGCUGAAAGAAAUGGCUGCCUCGACAGAAGAGAAAAAAAUUGUCAGUUCCAUAAAGUAUGUGUAGUUAACUGACUAAAACAUGCAACACCACUGGUAUGGUCUUUUAAUUUUUUUUAAAUAGAAAUGUAAUAUAUUGAUUGUGAAUAUAAUAUAUGGUUAUGACAUGGUCAAUCCAGUGGAUUACUCUUGUAUGAAGAUAAUAUGCUGACGUAAAUGCUGCAUGCUUAUUUGUUGUAAGUUGUACAUUUUACUGUUCUCUUUUCGACCUCAGUGAUGAUGUUUGUAAAGUGUAAUGUACUUGGUUAAGCUAUUUCCAUUGGAUGUCGUCAUAUAAUGACUGUCCUGUACUUUGGUGACCUACCGUGUGUGAGUGCUGAAGAUAUUCAGUGUUCUUCCAGUUAUGCACUUUGGUGGUGGUGCUGUAAGAGGGAUUUGGGGUUCUUUGCACAUAUGUAUGAGAAAAUGAUACAGGAGCAUUAAUUUUACAUGUACAGUAUGUUAUAAUAACAGGAGUGAAUAGUGCUCAGUUUUAGCAUUAAGAUUCUUGUUGUGUUGUUCUAAUACUGCUGUAGUUACAGGCGUUAAAAUGACGGUGGGUCAAGGAACCAAAUUAAGACAACACUAACAAAUUGUAGAAAAUACAAAAAGAAAAAAAUACAUGCAUCAUUUCAACUACAGGUAGUUGCAUUAAAAAAUGUCUUGCAAACUGAAAUUAAAAAAAUGCUUUCAAACCCACAUAACACAAGUAUCAUCACUGUAUUUUACACAACACCUCUAAAAACAGACACCCUGAAAAACUCCACAAUACAAAAAGAAGAUUCUCCCCAGAGGAAUUCAACUGAAUCCUACACUUCAAUACAUUGCCA